AUGAGUUCUACCGACCUCAGCAAGAUCGGCUUUGAUUCCUGGCGGGGCCUUUGGCAGUACGAUGGCAACCUUUUGCACACUCUUGGCCUGUUAUUCUUGCUGAUCGUUGCCUACGGCGUAGCGCAAGGCAUCUAUCGUAUUUGGUUCCAUCCACUUUCCAAGUUUCCUGGACCGCUGCAUCUGUCUCUUACAUCGUUACCCGCUGCAUACUCCAACUACAUCCAGGGAACUUGGGUGAGACAUGUUGCCAAACUGCAUCAAAAGUAUGGCCCCGCGGUGCGAAUCGGACCAAAUCACGUCUCCUUGGACGGCUCCAUUGGAUGGCCAGAGGUUUAUGGCCAUAGCAGAAUCAAGAGUCUUCCAGUCCCUGAUCUUUAUGCCCACUUGCUCAUCCUCCGUGCGAUAGAACAACACGAAGCUCUCGUCUCCGCUUCUCGUGACGGUCACCGACGACAACGCCGACAGCUGGGCCAUGCAUUUAGCGACGCUGCCCUGGCGCAGCAGGAACCUGUCAUUAUCAAGUAUGUGGAUAUGAUGCUCGACCGCCUUUCUCGGCGUGCCGACGAGGGCCAAAGCAUCAACAUUGUCGAAUGGCUGAACUUUACAACUUUCGACAUCAUUGGCGACUUGUACUACCCACUCAUCGGCUGGAUCAUCGGCAAAUCCAGCCGGCGGUCGUUGGCAAAGUAUUACUCGGGGCCCGAUCCGGAUAUCAUAGCCUACAUGAUGAAGAAGACUCGCGAUGGUGGCGACGGCAUGAGCGAGAGCGAGGUCCUGGUGAAUACGCAUGCACUUGUCGUCGCCGGCAGUGAAACAACGGCGACAGCUCUGUCGGGAUUUUGCUUUUACCUGUCGCGGAACCCACUGGCCUACACCCUGCUCGCCGACGAGAUUCGCGCCGCUUUCGCAUCCGAAGAAGACAUCAACUUGGUCAGCACCCGCUCGCUCGAGUAUCUGCAGGCCUGUAUCAACGAAAUACUUCGAAUGUAUCCGCCCGCGGCCGAGACUGCUACCCGAGUCUCCCCUGGCGAUAUGGUGGACGGCAAGUUUGUGCCGGCAGGGAACGCAAUCUUCACGAUUUGGUCAUGGGAAUUAGGUCACCAUGGCCCUUGA